AUGCCCCAAAACCAUCCCGACAAUGCCAAUGCCCAUUACCCCUACGACACUAAUCGCGUCCGCGAACUACUGAAAAGCCAUCGCAAGACCCGCGGCCUGCGCUCCUGCUUCCCGUGUCGUCAUCGCAAGGUCCGCUGUGAUGGACUCGUGCCUUGCUCGAGCUGCGUGAAGCGCGGACAUCGCGACUUGUGUCGUUUUCCGACGGAGGAGAGGGGACGGGCUGCUGGUCCGGUUGGGACCGGCACGGCGUCGAGCUCGGGCUCGGGGUCGGGGAAUGGUGGUUGGGGUGGUGGGUUGGAUUUGGAUGUGAUAACGCACUCAAUUGAGGAAUCUCAAUCUCAAGCGCAGCAGCCCUCAACAGACCCGAACCUAGUCAUCACUCGGCUCGAGAAAAUCGAAGAGCAGAUAUCCGCCUUGAAGGCGGAACUUCGCGCCUCGUCGGUAACCGCGCCGCCAUUGCAGAGUCCGGACCACGAGCCAGGUACUGCAAACCGAUCCGGUCUCUUGCGCUCUCGACCACCUAGUAAAUCGCCCGGUCGGUACUGCGUCGAGGACGCUACCGGCGCGACUCUUUAUCUGGGUAGUCAUUCAGACACACCGCUUGCGCUGGGCUGUCGACAGGCGUCCGACAGAGGCGAUCUUCUGCUGCACGAGGUCAUGGCGAAUCAGUUCGUGCCGCGCGCGUAUCCGUUCACCAGUCUCUGGGGUCCGGAGGCGACUACGGCGGAUAUUUGUGAGACGUUGCCAGAGGAUUCGGACAUUAUCAGGUAUUGGCAGUUCUAUCAGUCAAAUGCGUAUCCUUUUUAUCCAGUCUUGGUGUCCAUCGAGGAGUUUGGUCCAGCGCUGUUUAGGUUUCUGGAUCGCCGGUUCUUAGCUAGGGAAGGUGGAGAAAGUAGCGAGGGUGAGCCAAAUACGUCGUGGCUGGCGCUGUUGUUUGCGGUGUUGGCGUGUGGUGUGCAGUUUUCGAAUGAUCCUAUUCGCGAGAGGGAUUUGCGGUCGAAGGUGUUUGUUUGUUCAUCUUUCCAUUGUCUACGGAUAUCGAAUAUUUUUAAUCGCACUGAUCUCGACCAAAUUCAGGCUAUGGCCUUGAUUGGGAAUUGUCUGCGAAACAACCUUGAUACUAACAGUGCAUGGAUCUUGAUGGGAUCAACUAUUCGACUCGCCCAGAGUAUCGGUCUACAUGAUCCUUCGCGAUCUUUGUCGACAGACGAGCAAACCAAACAGAAUCAGCUGUGGUGGAUGAUCAUAUGGCAAGACACAUUUCUAUCGUUUACUUAUGACCGUCCCCCAAGUUUGAUUCCCAUCGAUAUCUCCCUCUCUUCCGACUCAAUGGAUCAAGGAGCGUCGAAUUUUCAACAUUGCGUCCUCGAUCUCUGUCGCAUCAUCUCAAUUCGAGCACAGAACAAAACGCCCAGCGAUCCCCGGGAACUGCUCCACAAUACACUCCAAUAUAAGCAGCAAAUCGAGAAGGUCUUGGACCACGCCCAGCCGUUCCUCGUCGACAGAAGCCAAUGCUCCUCCCUUCAGAAUCAUCUAGAACGGCUAGCCCUGGGCAUCCAUUUCGGAUACAGUAUCUGUCGACUGUGUCAGAUCUACGUGGACGACACGGACCCGAAUUUACCGAUCCCUGCGGCGAUUGAGUCCGGCUGGUCGGACCGGGCGAUGCAGGUCGUCGAAUGCUUCCUGGAUCUGCAUCGGCUCUCGGCAAGCGUCUGCCGCUCGUUGGCCUUUGUGCAUAACUCGGUCAGCUGCGCCAUUACGCUUAUGAGCCAUGAGCGUCUGCGGCCGGCAGAUGACCGUAAGAUGAGGUCUCUCAUCGAGCGGAUGAUUGCGGUGCUAGAAAAAGAAGAGAAGAAUUCAGAGUGGCGCGACGCGGAUACUAACGUGCGGUAUUUUGGACCGUAUUCGCGAGCAUUAAAGGCGUUGAGGGAGAUCUCCUCGAGCCAUGAAAGUGUUACAGACCAGUUUUAA